AUGGACGGGAUAGACGAGGCUGAUCAGAUGCCCGUCGAGGCUGCUCCAGAAGACAGCGAUCCCCUCUGCUACAUAUGCAGCUGUGGGCUACGCCGGGGAAAAGAGAUGACGACUGAUAGAAAGUCUCUAGUCUUAUUCCACCCGCUGCCCUGGGAUGAGAACUCAGGCAUUAUUCAGUCCAAGAAAGGCCACAUUGAUAAAGCCCUCUGUGCUACAGCCCUCAGGGACGAGGCAAGCGCAGCUGGGGUAGGCCAUGCCCUGAAGCAAGACAGGCUAAGGGGCCUUGUAAUUCAUGCUCGCUGCUGGCAAGUCCUUCUAAACCACAAGAUCUGGGCCCUUACCAACGGCGAUAUACGUCUUAUUAUGGAAGCUUUGCGGCGCAAGAGCGUAAGGGACUGGCAGUGGAAGACGCCCCUCCGUCCAGCCGGGAUGAAACUCCACGAAAAGGCGUCGGCUGUCGGGCUCAAAAAAGGAGACCCGUUCUAUAGCCCCCGCGUCUUGUGUAUGAUCCGCCACGCCCGCCGAAGAACACGCGCGAGGCUACUUAUCGACAGGCAAUCCAAUAAUACGUACCUGAGAUUGGACCUUCUCCCCACGGAGAUCCUAUAUCUGAUUGCAAACCGCCUGUCGUCCUCCGAUGUUGUCGCAACCCAGGAGGCAAUGGGGUUGUAUUUCGGUGAUGCGUAUUGGCGCUCGAGGAUCCCCAGUAACUUCUUCCAUGAAGUAAAGGGUUUGAGGGAACAGACGCUGGACUGGGAGUAUCUCUGUCUGAAGCUGGAACUCUUGGCUUCUCAUCGCUAUUGGGGUUAUGCGCACAAUGAGCUACUAGGGAGACAUUGGGUACUCACACAGUUGGACGAGGUUGCAAAGCUUGUUGUUCAUUGA